CGAACUUCAGUGCCACAAUAGUGGAUAUCACAUUUAGUAGUUUGUUCCAAAGCAAAGACAAAAGAAGUCGCAUUAAUCAAGAGGAUAACCCAUUGAUUACUUCGCCAAGUGGAAGACACCAAAACAAGUGAAAGUCUGUGACAACAACAAACUUCCUCAAGGAAAACCCUAGCAAAUCACUAGUUCAAGUUCACCUAUAGAGCCAUAGAGCUGAUAAGAUGAGUGGACGAGACAAUAGAGGAGCCGGCGGCGGAGGCGGCGGUCAUCAACCGCUGAGUAGCGCCAUGGGCAAGCUCAAGGAAAAACUAGCCCGAGUAGGUGACGAGCUGGGCUAUCAUCGCGUGGAGAGCAAUCUGUCCACCUCGAAUACAGCCACCAGUUUGGACACAAUUCUCCCCGAGGAUCCGUUCCCCUUCCCCCAAGUAUCACCUCAAAGGCAUCCGCAGACGGUAAGGACACAGCGUUUGCUGGAGGACGAACCACCGCUAUCGUUUCGCCCAUUAUUGGAUGACGUCGACAUCAACGAGCCACCCACACAGCAGCAACAAAGGACUCCCCUGCGCGCCAGUGGUAGUUUGGAAUUAACUCCUCUGCCACCACCGCCCACAUCCUUGGAGAUCCGUGAACAUCGCGAUCGCCAGCAGAGAGGUGCCCAAGGUGACGAUCUGCAGCGCAGCAAGCAGAGCUUGAAGGGAUCAAGAGUGUCCUUCGAGCGAAGGGAUACCGGAAACAGCAAUACCAAUACCAAAGCAGCGGAGAGCAGUGACGAGGACAGUUUCGAGGAGAAGAGAUCUGGUUUCCAGCAACAGAAGGCCACGAGCGUCGAUCACAAGGGUAUCUUAAAGGACCUCAAGCACAUAUUGGCCAACGACAAUCGCCGGCAGUUUCAGGCCAAGAAACACGUCUCCUUGGACGUCAAGGGUACACGCUUUUUGCAAGAUCUACUGAAGGAGUCGUCCUCGGAGGAGGAGUUCCACAAGACACGUCGGGAGUUCCAGGGACGCAAGCACCAGAGUUUGGAUCCACGCGUCACCUUCAAGCUCGAUAAGGUUCUGCAGGGUUCGAGUACCGACAGUGACGAAGAAGGCGACGACCCCGAACACAAAAGGUUGAUUCAUCGGCCCAAGGACAUCACCAAGCCGGUGAUCAUCGAUCUCAAGGAUCUGGAGAGCGAAAGCGACGAGGACUUCUUAACGUCACGUCAGCACUUCCAGCAGCAGCGUUCCAUCAGCACAGACUCCCGCAAAAGCCGCCGACUGUACGAGAUGGACGAGAUGGGCAACAAACGUGGCGAGAACAUCCGUCAUGCGGUGCCCUUCGUGCGCCAGAUAACCGAGGAUGGCAAGCCCAAGCUGGAGGUCUACCGCCCCACCACGAAUCCCAUCUUCAUAUGGACUCAGGUCCUGGCCGCUUUGAGCGUUUCGUUGGGCUCCCUAGUGGUCGGAUUUGUCAGCGCCUAUACUUCUCCUGCUCUUGUGUCGAUGACCGAUAGGAAUAUCACCUCGUUUGAGGUCACCAAGGAAGCUGGUUCCUGGGUGGGUGGCAUAAUGCCGUUGGCUGGAUUGGCAGGUGGCAUAGCUGGAGGACCUCUAAUUGAGUAUCUUGGCAGACGAAACACCAUCCUGGCCACCGCAGUGCCUUUUAUUGUAUCCUCGCUGCUGAUUGCCUGUGCGGUGAAUGUGGCGAUGGUGCUGUGUGGUCGAUUCCUGGCUGGAUUCUGUGUGGGCAUUGCCUCGUUAUCACUGCCCGUUUACCUGGGUGAAACUGUGCAGCCGGAAGUGCGCGGUACUUUGGGUCUGCUGCCGACGGCUUUUGGUAACAUAGGCAUUCUCCUAUGCUUUGUGGCCGGCACCUUUAUGGACUGGUCGAUGCUGGCCUUCUUGGGAGCAGCUCUACCAGUGCCUUUCCUGGUGCUAAUGUUCCUGAUCCCGGAAACGCCGCGCUGGUUUGUGAGCCGUGGACGAGAGGAGCGUGCCAGGAAGGCUUUGACCUGGCUGCGCGGCAAGGCGGCGGAUGUGGAGCCGGAACUGAAGGGCUUGAUGCGAUCCCAGGCCGAUUCCGAUCGUCAGGCCACGCAGAACACCAUGUUGGAGCUGCUCAAACGCAACAAUCUGAAGCCUCUGUCCAUUUCCUUGGGCCUGAUGUUCUUCCAACAGUUGAGCGGUAUCAAUGCGGUGAUCUUCUAUACGGUGCAGAUCUUCAAGGACGCGGGCUCCACCAUCGACGGCAAUGUCUGCACGAUCAUCGUCGGUGUGGUUAACUUCUUGGCCACCUUUAUUGGCAUUCUGCUGAUUGAUCGGGCGGGCAGAAAGAUUCUUCUGUAUGUGUCCAACAUUGCCAUGAUCCUGACCCUGGCCGUUUUGGGUGCCUUCUUCUACUGCAAGGCCCAUGGUCCGGAUGUGAGCCAUCUGGGCUGGCUGCCUUUGAGCUGUUUCGUCAUCUACAUCCUCGGAUUCUCUCUGGGUUUCGGACCCAUUCCGUGGCUGAUGAUGGGCGAGAUUCUGCCGGCCAAGAUUCGCGGAUCUGCGGCCUCGGUGGCCACGGCUUUCAACUGGAGCUGCACGUUUGUGGUGACCAAGACCUUCGCGGACCUCACUGUUGCCUUGGGCGCCCAUGGAGCCUUCUGGCUGUUCGGUUCCAUCUGCUUCGUCGGCCUGUUCUUUGUGAUAUUCUACGUGCCCGAAACGCAGGGCAAAACCCUGGAGGACAUCGAGCGAAAGAUGAUGGGCCGUGUGCGCCGCAUGUCCUCGGUGGCCAACAUCAAGCCAUUGUCCUUCAACAUGUAAACGGCGUGUUGCCAAGGAUCUGAAUAUGCGAUCAAACCAAAUACUAGACUAGUGCCUUUAGUGCUUAAGAAACGCGUGUGUGUAAACGCAGUGGGUGAUCCUGACAUGAGCAAAAAACAAAAGGAAUACUUCAAGGAACCCAUCCAGGCGCUCUGAUAUUGUUAGUCCUAGCUAACUUGUAAUGCUUAGCAAAAGAAUUUCCUUUCUACACGCAUAAUUGUUAUUAUUAUUUAUAAUCCUUAAGUGCAUAGUUUUAUUAUGUAAAUUAUGAUUUUUAGCACUAAUUUGUUGACAUUUUUUUAUGAAUGUUGCGUGAAUUUAUCGGUGUAAAAAAAUGACAUGAAUCGUAGUUAGUUGUAGCGAAAAGUAAAACCCAAAAAAGACCCAAAUCUCCCUGAAAAAUACACCAAUUGGCUAUAUAUCGAAUAUAUAUUGUACUAUACCUAAGCUGUAAGUGUAUCUAUAUGUAGACUAAUUUAAAAUACAAAUCAAACCAAAUCCAAA